AUGUCCCGGCAUCUGCAGUCGCACGUGUGGGUGGAUUCCGCCUACAGCCUGGAGAUCGUGAAAUCCACCCGCUGGCACCUCGGUUCCUGUGGCCGCGCCGAAGGAGUUUGGAAGGAUAUUAUGAGUGUGAACAAGGCCAAGCAGGUCUGCUUCAUCCAGAGGAUCCACUUUCACUUUCAGGUGAGGCGUCGCCAGGUGAAGGCCGCCGUGCAUGCACGCAUGAAUCAGGAGCUGUGGGACUCCACUCUUGAAGGUGUGUGCUUCUUGGUUUGGGUGUUGGAUGCUAUGCGGGCAGCCAGAACGGAUGACGGUGCCGCCCUGCUCUUCGCCCCCGACGUCCUUCGAAGUUGCUUCCAGAAAGUCCUUGAAGGGGAUUACACGGCGGAGGCGGAGAAACACUGCCUCCUGAGGCUCGCUGAGGAUUGCAGGGAGCAGUUUACAAAGCUGGACCAGGAGUCGAUUCAAAAGACCUUUGAGGCUGACUGCUACAAGCUGACUUGGGAUCUGUCUGCCUUCGCCACCCAUGUCGACUCCCUCACCAAGAAUAAAAAAACCGCCCAGCUCGCCAAGGUUUGCCAUGUGCGAGCCGAGAUGAAACGAGGGUCCAACACAGUCGUGAACUUUAUCGAGAAGAACUCCCCUCACGACACCGCCCUUUACAAGGACCGGGACACCUGUGAAAACAUCAAGAAGGCCAGCACCCCACCGCUUUGCCUCUCCAAGACCGACACCCCAAUCAUGGCCGGCAUCCUCAUCGUGCCAGUGCUCAGCUCUUCCAGGGUUGGCAGUGGCAUCCGAGGGGAAAUUCGGCGGCUGGAAGACAAGCUGGACGCAAAGUUCUUGGACAAUGUCAGCAUCAACAUUCGUAUGGGCGAACCCCACAACAACAAGAAGCAUGCCCUGCUGUAUCCGGCUAUGGUGUGCUGGGCUUCCGGAACCUCCGAGAACAUUUUUCAGACGUCCAAGCUGGUCGUGGACAGGUCCCAUUCCGAAGCCCAGGAAGCUGCCCAGCAUCUGGGCGGAUUACACAUGCCACAAGUGGACAACACGAUUGUGAAGUACUCCGAAAGAUUGGUUGCCCAGUUCCUUUUGGAGGACUGGAAGACGGGGAACAACCUUAUCGGGGCUUCAAGCUUCCAGCCCGAUCCGCCUGCAGCAGACUUGCAAGGCCCUGCCGAUCCUACCUUCAACCUCUGCGCCCUCACCCGAAACGCGGAGGGCAACUUGGCCAUCACUUUGCCCCCCGGCAUCCGCACGAAGUGGUCGGAGGACUCAGCACGCAAGGAAGAUUGGGGGAAACUCUUGGCAAAGUUCGGCCCACACGACUACGGCAGCAUCCGCUACCUCCACUACCUCCGCUACCUCUACUACGGCGGGGGCCGAAGCCGUGCAGGGCCAGUGGGGAACGCCAACGUCACGCUCAAGAUCACCCCGGCUGUGGAAAAAAACCGGGAGCAAGCAGCGAACGCGUGCGAGGGCCAAGUGCACAAGCUGUUCUUGGUUGCCAACAGCGAUGUGACCCUCCCCAAGAAUGAGUACCAGCUGGCACACGACCGGGCAUCCUUCCUGUCUGGGCAGAAAGUCCAGAAGCUGAUGGAGCAAGGAGCCAGCAGGAUGAGUUGCGGUAACAUUCUGAAUGUGCUGACUCUGUUGCUCGGGAAGUCUUGGGGCCCGAGACGUCGUUUUGCAGCUAGAGCCCUGUUCUCAUUCAUGAUGGGUGAGAGUGACAAUUCCGGUGAUCUCAUGGCCUUCCUCAUGUCUUCUCACAGCAGCAUGCCCGCAGCCGCAAUGAAUGCUGCAAGUGAAGCUGGUGCCUCAUCCGCGAAUACCAGCAACGGGGGCCUGUCAAGAACAGUGACGCCACCACCGGUCAAGAGGCAGCUAUCCUUUGGUGACUCUAGGACUGCUGCAGGUCCCUACAGACGGGGGGCGACCUUGGACUCGGACAUGGGCCAGACACCCAAAGGCGCUAUGAGAACACCUCCUGCUGCAAAGCUUCUUCUGGAAAGCCCUCAAUCAACCCCCCGGGCGUCAUCCGAUGAUCCUGCCUUAAAGCUCGAGAUUGAUGCAGUGUCACAGAAGCUUCAGGCCGAGCUCAAGCUAGAGAAGGAGAAAAAAACCAAGAAGGAUGUGGCUUCGAAGAAGCCGACCGGGAAGAAGGCCACCGAG